AAUUAUUUUUGUGUCAAAAAAUGAAUACAAAUAAGGGGGUAAUGCCUUUAGAGCAUCAGUAAGUUGAUUUCUAACAUCACUGGCCAUGUUUAAAGCAUAAAAAGUGCAGUUUUGCAACUUUUUGUUAAAAAAAUUGAAAAAAAAAUUCUAGAAGGCCAUAAAAACAUUUAGGGUCGGGCCAAAAGUUUAGGGUAGGUUGGGAUACUGGAAACAAUUUUUUUCUUUUUUACGCCUAAGAUGCCUAAGAUAGAUCUUCCUCUUUUUUUUUCUGACUACAUUUCUACUUUAUACUUAAAGGUUUAUUAUUGUAUACACCCCUACUGUUAACUGCAGUUAAUUAUGUCAAAGGACAAAUUUUUAACAAACCUUGUGCAAUGUAAGGUUUUACCCCUUGUAAUUUGAAUAAAAUCAAUCUUUGUUAAGUUUUAUUCUGCUGUCGUUUUGCACUGUGAUGAAAUAUUCUAUAUUGACUUCCCGCCAAGAACGCUUCGCUUGAGUAGGCCAUACACUGUGUUUGUGUUUUCUUCACUGGGAUUUUACAAAUGUGUUUUGUUCAGCAAGGGCAGAAACUAAAUUCAAGCAUACACAGAAGCUAUAGCAAAUAAAGUACCAGUAAUAAAGUGCAAGAUUACACUGAAAACAUCUGUGUAAAACACCAUCUGACAAGAUCUACAUAAAAAUCAGUAUAGAAAGACCUGUAAACUAAAGACAGGGACCUACACCUACAACAAGGAUGGCGGAAAAACCCAUGCUGAGCAAUGAUGUAAGAAGGUCACCAAUUAUGGAAAGAUCAAAAUUAGAGUCGGUGGGAAGAUUGUGCAAAGAAAAUCUUUUGCUCAUCCUGACAAUUGCUGGGGUCGUACUUGGCAUUAUUUUGGGUUGUAUUAUACGAUUAGCAGAACCGUCGGAGAACGCCAUCAUGAUAAUCUCAUUUCCCGGCGAGAUCCUGAUGAGAGCACUGAAGAUGUUGAUCUUACCUUUGAUCGUAUCCAGUCUUAUCGUAGGUGUGUCUUCGUUGGACGCCAAAGCCAGCGGUCAUAUGGGACUACGGACUUUGUUGUACUACUUCGGAACGACGUUUAUGGCGAUCAUUAUUGGAGUCAUCCUGGUUGUCAGUAUUCAUCCUGGUGACCCAGUUUUGAAAGAUGAAACUGCAGUUGCUAAGGGAGACAGCAGAAUUACCUCCCUUGAUGCAUUUCUUGACCUCAUAAGGAACUUCUUCCCUGACAAUCUUGCACAGGCCAUGUUUCAGCAUGUCAAAACAUCGUACAGUGAUGUUAAAGUGAAGAAGAAACGUAUACAAUUAACACCUUUAACAGACAACAUUAUCCUGAAUGGAACAAUUUUGAUUAAUGAAACAACGGGGCAGCGCAUCAAUGCAACACUGACAACCACCGCAGAGGGCAACUUUACGAAGCAGAUUAUCGAAUAUGAAGAAAUGAUGGAAGUCAGAGGACUCAAAUACGGAGAUGGAAUAAAUGUUCUUGGUCUGAUUUGUUUCUGUGUUGGUUUCUCGAUAUUUCUCAGCAAGAUGGGAAGCCGUGGCCAAAUUAUGAUUGACUUCUUUGAUAUUCUCAAUGAUAUCGUCAUGAAACUCAUUUUACUUGUUAUGUGGUAUUCACCAUUUGGAAUCAUGUUUUUGAUUUGCGGGAAGAUCCUAGAACUUGAGAACAUCCAGGUUGUGGCAGCGCGUCUCGGUCUCUACAUUGUUACUGUGGUGGCAGGGCUCGGCGUUCAUGCCCUUAUAUCGCUACCUCUUACAUAUUUUCUCAUCACUCGUAAAAAUCCACUGACGCUGUGUAAAGCUGUUUUUCAGGCAUGGAUUACUGCCCUUGCUACAGCUUCGAGCUCGGCAACACUUCCAGUGACAUUCCAGUGUUUGGAGGAGAAGAUGCAUAUCGACAAGCGUGUAACAAGAUUUGUGCUGCCGGUCGGCGCCACAAUUAACAUGGAUGGUACAGCGCUGUAUGAGGCGGUCGCACCAAUCUUUAUUGCUCAGAUGAACGGCAUAGAUCUCUCCUUUGGUCAGAUUCUCACUGUCAGCUUGACUGCUACAUGUGCUGCUAUAGGUGCAGCGGCCAUUCCUAGCGCUGGACUGGUUACUAUGUUGAUGGUUCUCACCUCUGUUGGGCUUCCUGUAGAAGAUGUCAGCCUCAUUCUGGCUGUAGACUGGUUCUUGGACAGAUUGAGGACAUCGGUGAAUGUUCUAGGAGACAGUUAUGGUGCUGCGGUAGUGGCUCAUCUCUCAAGAUUGGAACUUGCAGAAAUAGAUAAGCAUCAUGAUCAUGAUCAUGAGGUGGAAUUGGGAGAGCUUGAGCCAGGAAAGGUAAAUGGUGGAGAAAAUGUCCCUGCAGAGGGCGCUGCUAGUGAUGACCUUUAUCCUCAGCUGAAAACUUAAUCAUUGAAAACCAGUCAAAGUGGGAUGAUUAUUAUGUUACAAAAUAUGGAUUAAUUAAGCAAAAUGAUUAGAUUAUUUUGAAAAACAAUAUCCAUCUUACACAUAAUUGUAGCUUUUUUUAAGAGUGAAGUACAUGUAAUGUUGUUAUUAGUUUGUCUUUUUGAUAAAACUAAUUUUCCAGUAUUUUACAUUUUGUCAUAGCCUAACAAUAUUAUUAAAAAAAGGUACUUUACAUUACCCUUUUAGCUCACCUGUCACAAAGUGACAAGGUGAGCUUUUGUGAUCGCGUGGCGUCCGUCGUCCGUGCGUUUGUGCGUAAAUUUUUUGCUUGUGACCACUCUAGAGGUCACAUUUUUCAUGGGAUCUUUAUGAAAAUUGGUCAGAAUGUUCAUCUUGAUGAUAUCUAGGGCAAGUCCGAAACUGGGUCACGUGCGGUCAAAAACUAGGUCAGUAGAUCUAAAAAUAGAAAAACCUUGUGACCUCUCUAGAGACCAUAUUUUUCAUGAGAUCUUCAUGAAAAUUGGUCAGAAUGUUCACCUUGAUGAUAUCUAGAUCAAGUUUGAAACUGGGUCACGUUUGGUCAAAAACUAGGUCAGUCGGUCUAAAAAUAGAAAAACCUUGUGACCUCUCUAGAGGCCAUAUUUCUCAAUGGAUCUUAAUGAAAAUUAGUCAGAAUGUUCAUCUUGAUGAUAUCUAGGUCAGGUUUGAAACCGGGUCACGUGGGGUCAAAAACUAGGUCAGUAGAUCUAAAAAUAGAAAAACCUUGUGACCUCUCUAGAGGCCAUAUUUUUCAAGAGAUCUUCAUGAAUAUUGGUCAGAAUGUUCAUCUUGAUGAUAUCUAGGUCAAAUUCGAAACUGGGUCAUGUGGGGUCAAAAACUAGGUCAGUAGGUCUAAAAAUAGAAAAACCUUGUGACCUCUGUAGAGGCCAUAUUUCUCAAUGGAUCUUCAUGAAAAUUGGUCAGAAUGUUCAUCUUGAUGACGUCUAGGUCCAGUUCGAAACUGGGUCAACUGGGGUCAAAAACUAGGUCAGUAGGUCUAAAAAUAGAAAAACCUUGUGACCUCUCUAAAGGCCAUAUUUGUCAAUGGAUCUUCAUAAAAAUUGGUCAGAAUGUUCACCUUGAUCAUAUCUAGAUCAGAUUUGAAACUGGGUCAUGUGCGGUCAAAAACUAGGUCAGUUGGUCUGAAAAUAGAAAAAAAUUUGUGACCUAUCUAGAGGCCAUAUUUUUCAUGGGAUCUUUAUGAAAAUUGGUCAGAAUGUUCACCUUGAUGAUAUCUAGGUCAGGUUCGAAACUGGGUCACAUGCGGUCAAUAACUAGGCAGUAGAUCUAAAAUAGAAAAACCUUGUGAUCUCUUUAGAGGCCAUAUUUUUCAAGAGAUCUUCAUGAAAAUUGGUCAGAAUGUUCACCUUGAUGAUAUCUAGAUCAAGUUUGAAACUGGGUCACGUUCGGUCAAAAAGUAGGUCAGUAGGUCUAAAAAUAGAAAAACCUUUUGAUGUCUCUAGAGGCCAUCUUUUUUAAAUGGAUCUUCAUGAAAAUUAAUAAGAAUGUUCACCUUGAUGAUAUCUAGGUCAAGUUUAAAAGUGGGUCACGUGCCUUCAAAAACUAGGUCAUUAGGUCAAAUAAUAGAAAAACCUUGUGACCUCUCUAGAAGUCAUAUCUUUCAAUGGAUCUUCAUAAAAUUUGGUCAGAAUUUUUUAUCUUGAUGAUAUUUAGGUCACAUAUGCUCAAAAACUAGGUCACUAUGUCAAAUAAUAGAAAUAACGACGUCAUACUCAGUUCAACACUGGGUCAUAUGGGGAUAGGUGAGCGAUUCAGGACCAUCAUGGUCCUCUUGUUCUAAUAUUAUUUCUGUCAAUGGUAGGAAACAGAAAUAUUUCCGAACUUCCGAUUGUUUUUACCUAUAACAACAAAGAUUAUGUAAAAUCCAUAUUGUUUUUACCUAUAACAACAAAGAUUAUGUAAAAUCCAUAUUGAUUUUACCUAUAACAACAAAGGCUAUGUAAAAUCCAUUUUGCUUUUACCUAUAACAACAAAGAUUAUGUAAAAUCCAUUUUGCUUUUACCUAUAAACAAAAAGGUUAUGUAAAAUCCAUAUUGCUUUUACCUAUAACAACAAAGGUUAUGUAAAAUCCAUAUUGUUUUUACCUAUGAACAACAAAGGUUAUGUAAAAUCCAUAUUGCUUUUACCUAUAACAACAAAGGUUAUGUAAAAUCCAUAUUGUUUUUACCUAUGAACAACAAAGGUUAUGUAAAAUCCAUAUUGCUUUUACCUAUAACAACAAAAGAUUAUGUAAAAUCCAUAUUGCUUUUACCUAUAACAACAAAGGUUAUGUAAAAUCCAUAUUGUUUUUACCUAUGAACAACAAAAGAUAAUGUAAAAUCCAUAUUGCUUUUACCUAUAAACAACAAAGGUUAUGUAAAAUCCAUAUUGCUUUUACCUUAAAACAACAAAGAUUAUGAGACCUGAAUUGUGUCUGUGUGACGUUAAACCCUACAAAACAAAUAACCAAAGAUUUUAUAAAAUUCAUGUUGUUUUUACCCAUAAGCAACAAAGGUUAUGUGAAAUUCAGAUUGAUUUUACUUAUAAACAAUAGAGGUUAUGUAAAAUCCAUAUUGCUUUUACCUAUAAACAACAAAGAUUACGAUACCUGAAUUGUGUCUGUGUGACUUUAAACGCCACAAAACAUAAAAAAAACAAAGAUUAUGUAAAAUUCAUAUUGUUUUUACCCAUAAACAACAAAGGUUAUGUAAAAUUCAGGUUGAUUUUACUUAUAAACAACAAACAUUAUGUAAUAUCCAGAUGGCUUUUAUUUAAAAACAUCAAAGAUUAGGUAUUAUUAGAUUAUAAUUCUGCUGUGUUUUUAGAAUAAAAAUGUUUUUAGGAAAGAAAUUGACCAAAGAAGAGAUGUAACUGACAUAAAGUUACCGUAUAUAAUAAUAGUUUGUUAUAUUUCAUUGUUACGUGUAUUCUGAAAAAUAUGCUGAUUUUAUAUUUUUAUAAAUUUUAUGGCAGUAAAGGUUCUUAGCAAUUCAUUUUCAGUAUUAAUUAAAAACUACAAGUUUUAGUAGAUAUUGUUUAUAACUGUAGGAUAAUUUUUAUUUUUAAGUACAAAGGGAGGAAAUCCAAAUAUAUUUUGAAAUUAACGCUGGUUAAAUUAUUUCAGGUUUAGGCAGUGUAAUGCAAUGUCCGUUUUCAUGGUUACUUAAAUAGAAAUCUACAAAGUUGUCUAUCUUUGAUCUACAAUUUUUGAAUCUCAUUUUUAUGAUUGUUGUUUUCAUAAUUUUGUUAUCUCAUGAUAAGAAGAAAUAGGUUUCUUGUUUUCAUUUACAAUCUCAUGAUAAAGAGAAUAAUUUUGUUUUCAUUUGAAAUAUCUUGAUGAAACAAUAUAAUUUUUGUUUUUAACUUGCAAUCACAUAAUAACUUGUUUUCAUGUGCAAUCUCAAGAUAAAAAGAAAUAGUUUUUGUUUUCAUUCGCAAUCUCAUGAUAAAAAGAAAUAUUUUUGCAGUCAUAUGAUAAAAUGAACUAUGUUACUUGUCUUCAUUUGCAAUCUCAUGAUAAAGAGAAGUGUAUUACUUGUUUUCAUUUGCAGUCUCAUGAUAAAAAGAAGUAGUUUUUGUUUUCAUUUGUAAUCUCUUGAUGAAAAUAAAAGUGGUUUCUUGAAAGGUAGAGAGAAUAAUUAUUCAGUGUUUGGUCUAAGAACGUCUAUAUUAGGUUUAAGAUCGGAAGAUGGUUUUCUUUAUUGAUGGUCCGCUAGAAGGGGUAUGAUUUUAUGUUACCAGUAGUUUAAUACGAGCAACUCCAGUUUACACUCAUAUCUUUAGUUAAGACAUUUAUGUUAUAAUGUGUAAAAUUUAAAAGUUUUCUUUUUGGAAAAGUCAGAAAAAAACAUGUUUUUCUUGUAUUACUUGGCAAUUUAGAGUAGAAACAUACCUAUGAUUAAGACCAACUCUAAGUAAAGGCCAUUUCUAUGAAACUUGAUGAUAAAGGCCACUGUUUUCUCUUCCCAUUUAACCGUACAUGGUGUAAGUUUACCACUGUUUAGAUACUACUUGUCAACAAAGACCACAUUUUUCAUUACCCAAGGAUUAUCUUUACAAACAGGUCUGACUGUAUUGUAUAUAGGAGUAUGGUGCUGCUUGUAUAUAUAUAUAAAUCAUAAACUUUUUUUAGCUCACCUGAGCACAAAGUGCUCAUGGUGAACUGUUGUGAUCAUGGUGAGUCCGUAUGUCCAUCGUCAACAAUUAUGUUUAAAUGACAUCUACUCCCAAACCAAUGAAACUUGGUUAGGAUGUUCCUUGCUUGAUCCUCUACCAAAGUUUUUCAGACAGUUCUGCUUGGUUCAACAUAGGGGUAACCACAGGUAAAAAUAGAAAAUUUUUCAAACAACAUCUCCUCCUAAAUCAAAAGUCUGAUUUUGAAAUAAUUGCGCACAAAUGACUUAUGUCACCCUAUACGAAGAAUAUUCAGAUUAUACUGAUUUGUCUAAAAACAUGGCUGUCAGGGGGCGUGGUCAUUUUUCCCUCUAUAUGUAUAUAAUAGAAACUUUAAAAAUGUCCUUGUGUGAAACUGCAAGCCCGAUUCUAAAAUAAUUUCACACAAAUGGUCCUUGUAUGACCAUCUACCAAAAUUGUUCAAGUUUUUUGACUUUUCGAUAAAUAUGGCGGCCAGAGGGCGAGGUCACCUUUCAGCAACAAUUUCUUUAAACAACAUCACCAAAACUACUGAAUGGAUUUUGAUGAAACUUCACACAAAUGAUCUCUGGGUAGCCCUCUUUCAAAGAUAUUCAAAUGGUUCCAGGUUAAAAAUAGAUUUUAAGCUAUCAGACUUUAAAAAUCUUUUUCUCUAGAGCUUUGAUAUUUGGCAUGUGAUAUAGGGGUUUGACUAUAUACCAUUAUUGUCCAAAUUAUUUCCCUAAGGUGAAAAAUGGUCACACCCCUGUGUGUGACAUGUACUUCUAAAGGCUGAUCUUCUUCUCUGAAUCAAUAAUAGCUAGACCCUUGAUAUUUGGCCUGUGAUAUCAAAGUUGAACUGUCUACCGUAAUUGUUCAAACUAUUGCCCUAGGUUAAAAAAUAUGUGUGAUAUGCAUAUAAGAUAGGCUAGCAUAGAAGGAACCUAACUAUGUACUUGUACCAUUAGGUUAUACAAACACACUUGAAGCCUUGUACACAGGUGAGCGCUUUAUGGCAAUUGACCCUCUUGUUUUUUAUUUUGAUGGUUGAUGCGAUUUUUAUUUUCUAUAUCUUUAUAAACAGGUUGUGACAGGAAAUGCUCAUUGGUUUUGUUAAAAAAUAGUCCACUUUUUAUUGUAAGAACUCAUUUUUAAGUAGAGAUUAAUAAAGUUUCUUGAUACCCCAAUGUUGCAGCUUUUGAUUUUAUUUCAUGUCUUUUACAUAGGCCUUUUUUCAGAUGGCCUAGCUAGUAUGGUGUUGUUUGUACCUUGCUUUGUGCUGUUUUAUAUAUUUCUAUUUCCUUUGUAUGCUAUUAUGUAUGUUCAAAGAUUAAAAAAAGUAAAAAAAAAGACAAUUCCCAAAAAUUGAAAAAGAAAAUGUCUCCUGCAUGAAGUGAUAUACGAAAACAUGAUUGUAUUAAUUUACUUGCAAUCCAUUUGAGCCGCGCCAUGAGAAAACCAGCAUAGUGGCUUACAGCGAACAGCAUGGAUCCUGACAAGACUGCGCAGUCUGGUCUGGAUCCAUGCUGGUCACAAAGCCACUAUGUUGGUUUUCUCAUGUCACGGCUCAUUUUCAAUUUUGUGAUUGAGUCUUAUGUGUGUCAGUGUGACAGUAGGCCCAACAAAAACCAACAAACAAAAAUAUCCAUUUGCUUAUUGUUUUGGAUUUAAGUUGUGUAUUAUGUUAUUUUUUGUAUAGAAAAGGUUAUGGUAACUGGUAGUUUUGCUGUAGCCUGAAUAUAUAUAUACAAACACCUUUGAAAUUCUAUAGUCCUCUGCUCUUACAUAGGUCUGUUAAAGGAUCAAUAAAAAAUACUGGUUUAAUCUGUAAUUAAAACUAUUUAGUUCGGGGUAUUUUCAGCAAACGUCUACCCGCAUAUUUCUGUUUGCUCAAUAAUGCUUAUGGAGUUAUAUACUUGUGCUAUGAAAAUUGUCUGAAAACUAAGUAAUUUAAAUGGAUAUGUAACAAUUUUGUAAAUAGUUCACCAUUUCCUUCAACUGUUCCUUCUUAGUAAGUACCCUUGUGUCAGAGGAGAAGUUGCUUAUAUGCAGCAUGAAAAAUGCUGACGAUUAAGAUCCUCUUUUUUUAAUUUUUGAGAUUUUUAAGGGAGACAGUUUCAUGUUUGAUCACAGGGAAAUUUGUACUCUACUAUGGCUUGACUGAAAUAUAUGGAUAAUGACCCUUCAAGUUUAGAAGUUGUGAGUUAUAUUUACCAAACACCUAUUGGUGAAAGUUGGUGAAUGUAACUGAUUAAAUUCAGAUUAUGCCUGUUGUUGAAUAAAAUGGAUUACAUUGUGAUUAUUUCUAUCGGUAAAUAUUAUUGAUUACAAUACAGUUAUUUUGCCAUGAUAUAUAGCUAGACCCUACUAAGGGAUGUUAAAAGAACUUCAGAAGGAACAGUUAGCUAUGUAAAUAGACCCUACUAAGGGAUGUUAAUAGAAGGUAUGUAAAUAUUUCAUGGACUGAAAAGGGUAUAUCAUUGACCAUUGUAAUUGUGGAAUGAUAGUGGUGUGAUAGCUUUUCUUCUUUUCCAUUCUGUUGUUUUCAUGACUGUCAUGUGAUGCAAUGACUGAUUAUGAUGUUUAACAGGAUUCAUCAUUAUAAAAUUCUUAAGAAUGAAUCCGGUUAAUUCCUUUGUUCUUAAAUAAUUAAAUUUCUCACACAUAAAUGAAGGGUUUUUUGGAAUGCUGGUGUGCCAUGCAAAUUGCUGACUGUGAAUUUAAAAAUGCAAUGUACAAAAAGUGAAUUUCCAAAUACCUUAUUAAAUAUCAUAGGUGUGAAUUGUAAUAGUUUAAAAGCUAUGCAUAUCACAAGACUAAGAACGCCCAAAUGUUUCCAGAUGUUUAUAAUGAAUCGUUGAUUAUGCGUUUUAAAGCUAUUUGCCCAAAGAUUUGUGAAAAUUUUCAGUAUAUUAAUUAGUACCAAGUUUGGCACAAAAUGAAUAUAUGACACUAAAAAUGAUAAAGUGGGUGAUAAUAGUUGUUAGAUAUUGGUUUAAAUGCAAUAAGAAAGUUAAUUUUCCCCCACAUUGCAAAGGUGUUACAAAGCGGUUACUAGUAUUUUGCUUCCGCACAAUAUUUGUGGUAAUUUGUUUGGAUAUCUUGCAAAAGUUGCAUGUCAUUAAGUUUGUACCACAAAUUGUAUUGGCAUUACCCAUAUUGUAUUGACUUUUGAGUGAAAACAUAUCUCCUUUGAACAAAACUCUUUCUUAAAAGUAACAAUAUUGCAUCCAUAGCACAAGACUCAAGGUAUCAGAAUCGUAUUAACCCUUAUCCUGCUAAAUCUCUGUAAUGAACUUGUCCAUCUUUCAAUUUGGACAGUACCAUUAACUGUUAAAAGGGAUGCUAACCAAAAAGAUACUGACUGAGUGGUGAACAGUGCAGAUCAUGAUUAGACUGCAUGGAUGUCCAGGCUGAUCAUGAUCUACACUGGUUGCAAAGGCAGACUCAGUCGUGUCCAGCAUGAUAAGGGUCAAUUGCCUGUUGAUUUCUUAACUGCCUACGAUAAUUUUAAUUAAGUGAUACUGCCAAAUUUACCUUUAAUUAUGCAAUGAGGUAUUUUGCAACUAGCACUUAGCAAUGAACAGUUCUGUAUUACAUGUAGUACCGGUAAUUAGCAUAGACUUUAAUUGCCAAUUAUUUGAUACAUGUGUAUUAACUAAAAUUUCUGUUUUUGAUUACAAUUUACUCCACACUGAAAUCCAUACAUUGACCAUUCUAACAUUUAAUGACUUCACAGAUUAUUGUCAUUUCUAUACCUUCAUAAGCAGAUUU